GGGACGUGCCAUAGGAUAGGAUGGAUACUACAUGGAAAACAAUGCUAUAGAAUUGGGACAGGCCUUACUACUUGGUUUAAAGCCAAAAAAGAAUGCGAGAUAUCUGGUGGCGAUCUGUUGAACAUAAAAGUAAAGAGGAGAAUGAUUUCAUUGUAAAUCAUUUCAAGAAAAUUAUGCAAAGACCUUUCUGGAUUGGAAUACAUGACACUCAAGAGGAAAACAACUGGCAGUGGGGCUCAUCCAACUUGAAUAAAAGACCUGGUGAUUUCUUUAACUGGGCACCUAAUGAGCCAAGCAAUGCUUACAACAACGAGGAUUGUGGCACUAUACAUGUUAACGGCCAAUGGAAUGACCGUACUUGUUCGGAUUUAUUACCUUUUAUCUGUGAAGCAGAUCCACAAAUUGAUUGACAUGGUUCACAUAUAUUCGCUGCUUUGACAUUUUUAUCAACAUUUAAACAACAUAUUGUACAUUAUAGU